UUUCUCGAAGAAUCGCCGUCCGACUAAUUAAAGAUAUGCGUCGGAGUUUUAUCGGCGUAUCUUCUUAGGAUCUUUACGAUCUAAGUUAAUUCAAUGACGCACUGAUUACCGUCUUGAUGAUAGAAAAGAAAAUAUCCAUAUUUUUAUAACACGCACGAAGUUUUUCCAUACGAUGCUGCCGAUCUUAAAUAGAGUAGAAAAAAAGAAAGAAAAAAAAAUUCAUUAGAAAGAACCGACGUAUGCGCAUAUAGAAAAUGGCAUAUAAAAGUGAAAACAUUUCACUUAGAAAGUUAUAAUCGUAAGAUCCAUUAGAAUCCGUAAGAUCCGCAAACCGUGAAAAAUUGAAAAGUGCCACGAGUCCGUCGGUGAUUUGUCAAAAUGAAUAUCUUUAGUUUGUCGGUGACGAGAGAGGCAGUCUCGUUGUCAUUUCUUCGUUCGUAAAGGAAGAAAGGAAAAAAGAAGCGCUUUGAAAGAAAGAAAGAAAGAAAGAAAGAAUUCGUUCGACGCCGUACAUUCCAUCAGGUAUCGUCCUAGUCGUCUUCGGUGUCUUGGUAUUGGUCCACGGCGCCUCCUUAGGAGGAUCAGGUGCAGGAUUAUGGGCAGGUACAGGCGCUUUGGUAGCUGGUGCGCUCGGUGUGGUAGCAGCUUUGGCGAGUUCAUCCGGAAGGACGAAUUCUGGAUUUUCGACGGCUCAUUUGGCCUCCAGCUUGGUGGCCCUGGCGCUAUCCAACAUGGCCGCCAUCACGGCCCUGACAGCGGUCGUCAGGGACUCCCAAAGGACUCCGGAGGUGACCCUCUUGACGCUUCCCGGCGAAGAGAACAACGUGCUGGAAAUAGAAGGUGGUUGGGCCGGUCUAUUAGCCAGCAUCGGUCUGCUGAUCGGCAGCGUCGCAGAACUCCUUAUCUCGGGCUACACAUGUCUGACCUUAACGCCGAAACUCUGUAGCUGUCUGAGAUCGAAUCAAGCGGACGAUAUCGGUUGCGUAGAUGGUCGAUUGAAGACUCGUAAUAUGGUCCAACAGUGGGUUGUCGCACAAAAUCACGUGCCCAAGAAUCAACCGAUCUACGUCGUUCAGCCGAUGAUGCCGGUUCAUCAUCCCUUGAUUCGCUCACCCUAUGGGGGGAUACCCGGCGCAGGACCAGGAAAGUAUCCAGGAGGAUUUAUCUCUGCAACGGCUAUCCCUAUACCACCAGCGCCUUACCGACCAAUCUCCGUAAUAUCGCACGUGCCUUAUGCUCAACGACCGCCAUCGCAAAUGAUUCGGCUAAAGCACAACAAGCGUCAGGGUCAACCGGGACAGGAGGACAACGUCGAUAGAAAACGACCGUCAGAAGGGAAAAGUGAAUUCAAGAGAAUAUCCUCGAUCAGCGAGGAUCAAGUUGACUUGGCUCAGACCUACACUGGUUUGGACAAAAAAAUUUCCGAGGAAUUUAUCUCCAUCGCAAUGGAUCCAGAUAGAAAGUCCAAAGCUUCGAGUCAUCAUGGUAGCGAGGUCGGCGUCGCGAAGAAUACGUGAAACGUUAUACCAAUUCGGCACUACUCGUUUCAAUUUUCUACUCCUUUCUUCGCGCGUCCUUUAAAAAGACAAAUUACCAGCGAUAAGGAUUUCAGUGGAUGCUUUUUAACAUCCGUCCCUCGUUAAGUCUGUCUAGAAUCAACCAAAUAAUCUUAUCCUUUCGAAAUAUAGUCAUCGAGCAUACAGUAGGUGAUUGCAGACUGCAAUCUUUUAGACUCUUUUGUUUUUUUUUCUUUUUGUUUUUUUUUUAAUUCGAUCGCAGUCGUUCGUAGCUUUCGGCUCCCGGUUGUUAAUAUCAAACGAUCUCGAUAGAUAUUAAAUUGAUCGAUUUUCGAACAACUUGUAUUUCUACGAUGAAGAAACGAACGAUGCGCUCCAAUUCGAUUCUGUCGGUUGCUCGACUCGACAAAACUUUAUAUUAGUUUUCUAGUUAUUUGUACAGAUAUUCCUUCUUCUUAAGAUGGGUUUGUAGUUUCCUGCGGACUCUCUCGUGUAUAUAUAUAUACAUUCAUAGCAAUAGUAAUAAUAACAAUAAUAAUAACAAUAAUAAUAAUAUUAAUGAUAAUAAUAAUCGAAUAAAAUAUAUUGAUAAAAUAUAUUAUUACGCGCGCAUACGCAGGAAGCAUGCGCGGACUUUUAUAUUUAUACGUCAACAUAUGUCAACAUGUAGAAAGUUGUUAGUAAAUGUAAUAAAGCAUAUAAAAAGUU